CACACACACACACACACACACACUUCACCGUGACAAGGAGUGUUUGAUGGUAAGAGGUCGGAGGUCAGAGGUCGAGGAAGGUGACUGAGUGAAUGACGUUCCCAGAGGUUUCCUCUGUGUAUGAAGACGACAGGCGAUGGAGCACCUUACUGAAAUUUCCUGCAAGUGAACUUUAACUCAACAAAGCGAAAUCAUAAGGAUGUAAAUAAGCGUUCCCCGGGGAUGUAUUAAGGUUCGAUUUCAUUCCACGCUCUCGCGAUGACAUUUUGAAACCAAGCCAAAAUGGCAAAGCCGUUCUACAGACUUCAGCGCUUCUUGCGGCGGACUCAGCUGGUGUUUCUGUUCCUGGGCGUGGCUUACAUCAUGGCAGGAAGUGUCCUUUUGCUGCAGAGAUCAGGACUGGUGGUUUCUCAGCGUGGUAGCUUGCUCCCUCCACCCUCGCUGCCUUCACCUCCACGAGCACUCGAAGCUCCUGCUCUCAGGACUGGGCAUGGUGUGAUGGCUUCACGGUUGGGUAGAAAGACCUAUCAGGUUGGCGAGUCAGAUGAUGGGAGAGAAACACAAUGGCUGAUGUCACGUAACCAAGAGAUCCGGCAUCUCCGGCGACGAUGGUUCCAUAGCCUGAUGUCUGAGCAGGACACGAACAGGGUCGAGAGAGCUACUCCGAAGAGGAAAGUCAGGCACAAAGGAACCUACAUUGGAUGUUUUUUGGAUGAUGCUAAGGACCGAACCCUGAAGGGCAUGGUGUUCUACGAUUUCCGCAAAAUGACCAGCACUCUAUGUCAAGACACCUGCACAGAGAGUGGGUACCAAUAUGCUGGCCUGGAGUACGGGUCCGAGUGUUACUGUGGCAACCGCAUCACCGGUGCUCGGGUGAAGGAGGAAGAGUGUAAUCUGGACUGUAAAGGAGAGAAGGGCUCUAUCUGUGGGGGCGUGGCCCGUCUGUCUGUCUACAAAGUGGAGGAAGUUCUUCCCGGCCAGAGGAGAUACAGGAACGUACGCUAUCGUGGCUGCUUCAGAAGACCCGACAACACAACCACGGCGUCUCUGAUCCGCCUGGUUCAGCCUAACCUCACCUCCCAGAUGUGCAUCGAGGCCUGCAUGGACAAGGAGUUUCCCUUAGCCAUGCUGAGCGCUCCGGAGUGUUUCUGCGGCUACGCUACUCCAACCUUCUCCUUCCACGAUCCAGUGAAUGAAGAUCACUGUGCUCAGAUCAACAGCAGCCUGCCGACUGGAAAACCACUCCCGUACGUCCUUCAGGUCUAUCAGACACCUGUGCAGGACUCCAGAUGUACGGAACGAAGAUUCCUGCCAGAAAAAUCGAGCCGGUUGGUCGCUCUGUCCAGUUUUCCUGGAGCGGGUAACACCUGGGUGAGACACCUGAUUGAGCUCGCUACUGGAUAUUACACAGGCAGCUACUACUUUGAUGGCACACUUUAUAAUAGAGGCUUCAAGGGCGAGAAGGAUUACUGGAAAAGUGGCCGCACCAUCUGCGUGAAGACGCACGAGAGCGGCAAGCGCGACAUCGAGAUGUAUGACUCAGCCAUCUUGCUGAUCAGAAACCCGUACCGCUCUCUCAUGGCCGAGUUUAAUCGCAAAUGUGCAGGACAUCUCGGCUACGCCUCGGACCAGCACUGGAAGAGUAACGAAUGGCCCGAGUUUGUCGGCAGUUACGCGUCUUGGUGGGCGUCUCAUGUUCUGGACUGGCUCCGAUUUGGCCAGAAGCUGCUGGUGCUUCAUUAUGAAGAGCUGCAGGAGUCGCUGGUGCCCAGGCUCCGCUCUGUUAUCGUCUUUCUCAACGUCAGCACCAGCGAGGAACGCCUCCUCUGCGCCGAAACCAACAAGGACGGGCAUUUCAAACGCUCCGGCGCUCGCCGGCCCACCUUUGACCCCUUCACCCCGGACAUGAGGCGGUUGAUUGACAGUUAUAUUAAGGUCGUGGAUCAGGCACUCAGAGAAAGCAACCACAGCGGCCUGCCUCAGGAGUACAUCCCAAGAUGAUGAGGGUUUAUAUCCCAUGUUUCAUUUUCCUUCAAAGUUUCAAACGAAGGGCUUUAUUCGAGAGAAAUGUCGGUUCUGUUCUUGGAGCUCGGUCAGGAUUUGACAUUUGUUUUCCAGUUUAAAGCUUUGGCACUCAGCAGAACUCCAUCAUGCUUAAGAUUCAUUAAAGAUUCGAUCUCGUGAGAUUCUGAGAUUCAAAACGUUGAGUAUUUUGACCGAGUGGAAACUGAUGUCUAUAAUGUGUAUGCCAUUUUCUAAAGUUACAUUUAAUAAACUUUGCUUAGUCUCCAAAAUGUUUUCAGUGUAAUUAGAUAAGAAGUGACAUUUUUCAAUAAAAUGAUUUGACAAACAAGAAAAUGUGACUUCCGUAGAGAUUUCUUACACAAAUAAUAUCAUUACACAAUGACGGGGCAGUCAGAUGAUGCAUAUUCUACACUGAUAUUAGGGUUGUAACCCAAUACGAGUUUAUUACUGGGAAUGAACAGAUGUGUUAUAAACAAAUACAGAUAGGAAUAGGAGGUGCACUGUUUAUUAGACCUCGAAUUAUGUGUCUAAUUUGGGCUUUACUGAACAACAUUUCUUCAACAAGACCUUAAUUAACCACACUGAUGCGUGACCCUUAAAAUAAAGUGUUAUUACACCACACUUACUGUACGUUCACACUAGCAAAUGAGAAAGAAACGGGUGGUCUUUCAUUUUCUACGUAGCCGCAAUUUCAGCAACAGCAACAACACGUGAGUUAAGCAAAUUAGCUACGGUACACUCGAUGAUUCCUCGGACUAAUCCUAUGCCGCGUGUAGUACAACAAUUUUUCAUUUCCCUACCUAUAAUUACAGUGCCCUCUGUUAAUAUUGGCACCCUUGGUAAAUAUGAGCGAAGAAGGCUGUGAGAAAUUAUCUUUAUUGUUUAAACGAUUGAUCUUUUGUUCAAAAAAUUCAUUUAAAAAAAUACCCUGCUCUCAUGGAUAUCAAACAAUUGCAAACACAACACAGGUUUAGCAAAAAAAAAAAUUAUUGGCACCCCUACGAAUUCAUAUGAGAAACAUAUUAUAGUAUAUUCCCAUUGAUAUUUUACAUUUUUUAGUACACCUGGGUGACGAGGAAAAGGAAACACAGGUAACGCAAAGGCCAAAUUCCCUUAGUCAUCCAUAACAAUGGGUAAGACCGAGGAAUAUAGCGGUGAUGUGCAGCAAAAGGUUGUUGAGCUUCACGCAAUAGGAAGUGGCUCUAAGAAAAUAGUACAAGCAUUGAAAAUGCCCAUUUCCACCAUCUGGGCGAUAAAUAAGAAGUUCCAGUCAACUGGAAAUGUUAUGAAUCAACCUGGAAUUGGACGUGUGUCUAUAUCGUCUCAACGCACUGUGAAGUGGAUGGUUCGAGUGGCCAAAAAAUCUCCAAGGCAAACAGCUGGAGAAUUGCAGAUGUUACUUGCGUCUUGGGGUCAGAACAUCUCCAAAACUACAAUCAGAAGCAACCGGAAGUUGCCAGACACUACUGAACUUCAAAUGGGAUCGGGUUCUAUGGUCAGAUGAAGCCAAAAUAGAGCUUUUUGGUAAUAAGCACCAGAGGUGG